CAACUUUGCCUGCAGAAGAGCAUGUCCUGUCCACCGCGCAUGCGUGUAACAUUCAAUAUGUCUGCACCCUUCAGCAAGGUGGUGAAGGGGCAAUAUUUGAAUGAAAAACCUUUAUAGUUAGCGGUUAGAUAUUCUCUAGACAGUUCACGACUGGAAACAGGUUCGUUGUAGCCGUAUCGAUGUUUCCGAUAGCAGGAAAAACCUACCGGAGUCGUUCGACCGUUUGUUAUUCGACUCACAGAUCACAUAUUAGGUAGCUAGAAAACUCAGUGAGCUGUUUACUUUCUCAAUUUCUUCUUAUGAAGUCACAAUAUCAAUUGUGAUUGAAGAUAUACCGGCGCACACUUCUGUGAGAAAUAAGAACAUUUAAAACUGUCACAUUUUUGAAUGAAGUUUGGCUUCAAGUUCCUUCCGCAAAAGAGAACAGCUUGUGCCGCAGGCAAGUCAUAUGAGCACCUGUUUGUGCCUCUAUAAAGUGAAUUUUCCAACCAAAUCUGCUUAUACGAUGGCUUACAGAAGAGCUGGAACCCUCCUUACAACAGGAAAGGAGUGUUUCUUCAGUAAGUCUAUACCUCUUUUUCAAAAUUCACCAAAUGUCAUCAGCCAAACUGUGAAACUUCAAAAUCACCGUGGCAGAGCCACGAGGACUCUUCACACCGGUGCACCGUUGCUGGUGGCCAAGUUGCUGUCGGUGGAUGAGCUUUUUGCCAGGAGGUCUCUGCGGGAGUACCUGAAGAAGAUGGAGACAGAGUACAGUGAAUGUCUGAGGGCAGUCAACAGGAGUCCCAUGGAGGAGCCAUACAAUGAAGACGAGCUGAGGACCAAGAGGAGCAAAGUGCCCCUGCUGGCUCCUCUCAUCCAGAGCAUCAGAGAGCUGGACACCAAACACAAAGAGAUCGCUGAGACGGAGAUGCUCCUGAAAGAUGAAGACCCGGCCCUGCGAGAACUGGCGGAGCUGGAAAGAGAAGACUGUUUGCAAGAUAUUCAAGAUCUUAGACAAAAGAUCCUGGAUCUGUUGAUCCCUGAGGAGGAGGCUGAUCUGAGCGACCUCAUCCUGGAGGUCACAGCCGGUGUUGGGGGUCAGGAGGCCAUGCUGUUCACUGCUGAGGUGUUGGACAUGUACCAGGGCUUUGCUCAGCAUCACGGCUGGUCCUUUGACAUCCUGGAGCACAUGACCAGUGAGCUAGGUGGACUACGCCACGCCUCGGCCAGCAUCAGCGGUCCUCAGAGCUACAAGAGGAUGAAGUUUGAGGCUGGAGUCCAUCGAGUGCAGAGGGUUCCCAAGACUGAAAAACAGGGCCGAAUGCACACCAGCACCAUGACUGUGGCUGUACUGCCCCAACCCACUGAGAUCUCUUUCACGAUAAACCCAAAGGACCUGAGGAUAGAUACUAAGAGGGCAAGUGGAGCUGGAGGCCAACAUGUCAACACCACAGAUAGUGCAGUCAGAAUAGUCCAUCUGCCUACAGGUGUGGUUGCAGAGUGCCAGCAGGAACGGUCCCAGCUGAAGAACAGGGAGAAAGCCAUGAAGGCUCUGAGGGCAAAACUGUACAGCAUGAAGCUGGAGGAGGAGACCAGCAAACGGUACAAUCAGCGUAAAAUACAGAUUGGCAACAAAGGCAGAUCAGAGAAGAUCCGGACAUACAACUUUGCCCAGGACCGUAUAACAGACCACCGGAUCGGUAUGACGGUGCACGACGUCAAGAGCUUCCUGCUGGGAGAGGAUCUCCUUGAUGAGAUGAACACCUCGCUGCAAGAGUUCUCCAACCAGGAGACGCUCAUGGAACUGCUGGGAGAAAGCGACCAGGAGGGUUCAUGAGUCUGCCCCCGAGGCGGGCGGAUGUUGUGGGAAACUUCUCGCUACGUUCAGUAUCUCAGCAAAGCGCUAACACUGGAAUAUGGGUCACCGCUACUCUGCUUCAAAUUCUGCAGUGACAACUGUACGGAAAAGGACCAUGACGGUGCCCAAGUCUUAACGCUUCUGCCCGUCCAGAGUUAGAAAUGUGUUUGAGUGAAUGAAUUUUUUUUGUUUCCCAUUCUUCGCAGAUGGAGACACAGGAAACCGUUUUUGUAAACCGUUCGCACAUUCAGGAUUGAAAAGUGACGUAAGCACAAUAUAUAAGUGGCCACUAAAGUGACUGCGCCACGGAGUGAUCGUAAAGUCUUGUAUUUGAGCAUGAGCAGCAAAACUAAUGACUGUUUGACAGUAAUGAGAGUUUCUGGCCACCAGUGGUGGAAUGUAACCAAGUACAUGUACCCGAGUACUGCUCUUAAGUACAAUUUAAGUUACUUGUAAUUUACUUGAGGGACAUUUUACAGAGUAAAAAUAAACGGGUCAGAGCUCUCUGGUGGACAAACUA